AUAGAUAACUAGGCCAAGGAACUGAUGGGUGUGCAGGACGGGGGGGCGGGGUAAGAAGGACGAUAGAUGAUAGAGUGGACGGCAAGAAAAAGGACGGAGAGUUAAUUAGACUUCGCCCAAGCUGUGCGACCCUAUAGGCCGCUUGUAACUUACUCCGUUCGACUCCCAAAAUACAGGGUCAAGUACUGCGGCCUUCGGACCUUUCCGUCUCCGGAUCCUGAUAGUCUUGGCUACUUUUGCGUCAUAGGAUGAGCGACAACGUUUUCCGGUCCCAAUUGAGAAAGACGGGCCCGGAGGCAGUGCGCGCGCCACGUACGUCACAGGCGAGGUGGUUCCAGGAGGGCUGGGCAUCGGAGAGCGCGGCCGGCUGAGAGACUCGAAGCCAAGGAAGAAUUUGAUUGGCGAUUUGAAAGCGGCGGUUUUUGGCUUAGGCGGAGGUGGGCGGGCCAAGUUUUGGGUCCUCAUCUGGUGAGGUCCCGCGUUAAUGACGUCAUAUUGUUUCGCGGGAGAAAUUCGAAAGUGGAUUUUGUGCAAUUUGACAGGUGAGGUGAAGUGUUUCUCGGGAUUUCCUAGGAAUGACUUGAGCGAUUUGGGGCGAAGGGACGAAAGACUCUGCUCCUUAAGAAGAGAACCGGGAAGGAUGCUGUUUGGAACCAGGAUUGGGGUGGUCGCAGUCACAGCUACUCGGACUGCUUGUAAUAAUUGGUGCCUCUUCACCGUUUUUCCCAGGCCUUGCUUUGCAAUUUCGAGUAGGUGGUAUAAAUAGUUGAAUAUUUCCUAUUUUCUGGACCCAGCUGGUUUAUAACUUCAGAAGAAAUAAUGGAAAGCCAAGAAUUUAUUGUUCUAUAUACUCAUCAAAAGAUGAAGAAGUCAAAAGUGUGGCAAGAUGGAAUUCUGAAGAUCACUCACAUAGGAAACAAAGUGAAACCUGGAGAUGACUUAGAAAGUGAUCGAUACUUAAUCACAGUUGAAGAGGUUAAAGUUGCUGGAGCCAUAGGUAUUGUUAAGCAGAAUGUCAAUAAAGAAGCACCAGAGUUAAAUUCAAGGACAUUUAUAUCCUCUGGCCGAUCUCUUGGAUGUCAGCCCUCUGGCUUAAAAAGGAAGUUUACUGGUUUUCGAGGACCACGUCAGGUUCCAAAGAAAAUGGUUAUUAUGGAAAGUGGUGAAUCAGCUGCAUCACAUGAGGCUAAGAAAACUGGCCCUACUAUUUUUUCUCCAUUCUACAGCAUGCCUCCUUUGUUUCCUACUGUUGGCAAGAAAGAUGUAAAUAAUAUACUGGCAGACCCUGAGAACAUUGUGACUUACAAGAACAGGGAGAGAAAUGCCAUGGAUUUUUCUUCAGUUUUUUCUCCAUCCUUCCAGAUUAACCCAGAAGUGCUGUGUGAAGAAAAUUAUUUUUGCUCUCCUGUCAAUUCUGGAAAUAAGCUUUCAGACUCUUUACUGACCAAUGAGCCUGUGAAAAGAGAUAGUUUGGCAUCUCACUAUUCAGGAGUUUCACAAAACAUCCGAAGCAAAGCACAGAUAUUAGCUCUUCUGAAGUCCGAAUCAUCUAGUUCAUGUGAGGAACUAAAUUCUGAGAUGACAGAGCAUUUUCCUCAAAAACAACCACAAGGAAGUUUAAAAAUUGCUACUAAACCAAAGUACCUAAUUCAACAGGAAGAGUGUGCUGAGAUGAAGAGCACAGAAAAUUUAUAUUACCAGCAUCAAUCAGAAAAUACCAUGAGAAAUAAAAGCCGGUGGGCCAUGUAUUUAUCCUCACAGAGUUCACCUAUACAUUCUUCUACUGUAGAUGGGAAUGAUACAGAAAGGAAACCCAAGGCCCAGGAAAAUAAUGUAAAUUCUAAUUUGAAAGACCUUUCAUUACAAAAAAAUAUACAGUUCGUUGAAACAUGUGCUGAAGAGAGGAAAAAGUAUAAUGUAGACCAGUCAGUCGGUAAUAAUGAUCCAUCCUGGAAUCAGGAAGUAAAAUUAGAAAUUCCUUCAUUCAAUGAAAGCAGUAGCUUACAGGUUACUUGUAGCAGUGCAGAAAAUGAUGGUAUAUUAUCAGAAUCUGAUAUUCAAGAAGAUAAUAAAAUACCUUUUAAUCAAAAUGACAAGGGGUGCAUUAAAGGAUCAGUUCUCAUUAAAGAAAAUGCUCAGGAGGUAAAUACAUGUGGAACACUGGAAAAGGAGUAUGAACAAUCAGAGUCAUCUCUGCCAGAACUGAAACAUCUCCAAAUUGAAUCUAGUAAUAAUUCUAGGAUCUCUGAUGACAUUACAGACAUGAUUUCUGAAAGUAAAAUGGAUAAUGAAAGUCUUAAUAGUAUUCAUGAAUCUCUGAGUAAUGUAACACAACCAUUUUUGGAGGUAACUUUUAAUCUGAACAAUUUUGAGACCAGUGACACUGAGGAGGAAUCACAGGAAAGCAACAAAAUUUCCCAGGAUUCAGAGAGUUGGGUAAAGGACAUUUUGGUUAAUGAUGGCAAUUCAUGUUUUCAAAAGAGGUCUGAGAAUACAAACUGUGAAGAGACUGAGGGUGAACAUUUGCCAUUCUUAACAUCUGUUAGUGACAAACCUACAGUGAUAUUUCCUGUUAAAGAGACUCUGCCAUCACAGUUUUGUGAUAAAACUUAUGUGGGUUUUGACAUGGGAAUAUGUAAAACUGAAAACACAGGAAAAGAAAUAGAGGAGUAUAGUGACACAUUAAGCAAUUUUGAAUCUUUCAAGUGGACUGAUGCUGUAUACGGAGAUAAUAAAGAAGAUGCUAAUAAACCUAUUCAAGAAGUCAGGAUUAACUAUGAUUUUGCUUUACCCCCGAAUAAAUCUAAAGGUAUAAACAUGAAUUUACAUAUUCCUCAUAUUCAAAACCAGAUUGCUGAAAACAGUAAUCUAUUUUCAGAAGAUGCUCAACCUCAGCCUUUUAUUUUGGGAAGUGACUUAGACAAAAAUGAUGAACCUGUUUUACCCUCAACUUCUAGUAGUGACAACAGUGUCCAACUAUUAAAUACCAAUCAGAAUCACUAUGAAUGUAUUACACUUGAUAAAUCAAAUACCCAUAUUUCCAAUUCUUUGUUUUACCCACUGGGAAAAAAGCAUCUUAUUUCCAAAGACACAGAAGCACAUAUAUCUGAACCUGAAGAUUUGGGAAAGAUUAGAAGUCCACCCCCUGACCAUGCUGAGGUUGAAACUGCCAGAGAAGGCAAACAAUACUGGAAUCCUAGAAAUUCUUCAGAACUUUCUGGAUUAGUAAAUACCAUUUCUAUUUUAAAGUCGCUAUCUGAACACAGUACUGCUUUAGACAGCUUGGAAAUACUGAAAAAGAAAAAUACUGUCUUUCAGCAAGGAACUCAACAGACGUGUGAGCCAGAUAGCAGUCCUGAAGUGAGGAAACCAUUUAUUACAGUAGUUUCACCAAAGUCUCCUCAUCUGCACAAGGAGUCUCAACAGUUCUCUUCCUCGGGAAGUAAAGAAGAGACUGCUUUUCAAGCUGUUAUUCCUAAACAAAUAGAGAGAAAAACCUGUGACCCUAAGCCUGUUGAGUUUCAAGGACAUCAAGUAAAAGGAUCAGCUACUAGUGGUGUAAUGGUCAGAGGACACAGCUCACAGCUAGGAUGCAGUCAGUUUCCAGAUAGCACUGAGUAUGAAAACUUUAUGACAGAGACACCAGAGUUACCUAGCACGUGUAUGCAGAUUGACUUCUUGCAGGUGACAUCACCAGAAGAAAACAUCUCUACACUGAGCCCUGUUUCUACCUUUUCUUUGAACUCAAGAGAUGAAGACUUCAUGGUAGAAUUCUCUGAGACGUCCCUGAAAGCAAGAACUUUACCUGAUGAUCUUCAUUUUCUCAACUUGGAGGGGAUGAAAAAAUCCCGUUCUCUGGAGAAUGAGAACCUUCAAAGGCUUUCAUUAUUAAGUAGAACCCAGGUUCCACUUAUUACUUUGCCACGUACUGAUGGACCACCUGACUUAGACUCUCAUUCGUAUAUGAUCAACUCUAACACAUACGAGUCUUCUGGCUCCCCCAUGCUCAACUUGUGUGAAAAGUCAGCAGUUCUUUCGUUUAGCAUUGAGCCUGAGGACCAAAAUGAAACCUUUUUCUCUGAAGAAUCUAGGGAAGUGACUCCAGGGGAUGUUUCACUUAAUAAUAUAUCUACUCAGAGCAAGUGGCUGAAAUAUCAAAACACAUCCCAAUGCAACGUGGCUACUCCAGACAGAGUUGAUAAGAGAAUAACUGAUGGCUUCUUUGCUGAGGCUGUUUCUGGGAUGCAUUUUAGAGACACAAGUGAAAGACAGAGUGAUGCUGUCAAUGAAAGCUCUUUAGACUCUGUGCAUUUGCAAAUGAUAAAAGGCAUGCUCUAUCAACAGCGGCAGGAUUUUAGCAGUCAAGAUUUGGUUUCCAGAAAGAAAGUACUUUCUCUGAAUUUAAAGCAGACUUCUAAGACAGAGGAAAUUAAAAAUGUAUUAGGAGGGUCUACCUGCUACAACUACAGUGUAAAGGAUUUACAGGAGAUAAGUGGCUCUGAGCUGUGCUUUCCAAGUGGGCAGAAAAUAAAAUCUGCUUAUCUUCCCCAAAGGCAAAUUCACAUACCAGCUGUUUUUCAGUCUCCUGCUCAUUAUAAGCAGACUUUCACAUCUUGCCUCAUAGAACAUCUAAAUAUAUUGCUGUUUGGGUUAGCACAAAACCUGCAGAAAGCUCUUUCAAAAGUUGACAUAUCAUUUUAUACAUCAUUGAAGGGAGAGAAACUGAAAAACGCAGAAAAUAAUGUACCAUCCUGCCAUCAUAGUCAACCUGCAAAACUUGUCAUGGUUAAAAAGGAAGGUCCAAAUAAGGGUCGUCUCUUUUAUACAUGUGAUGGACCCAAAGCUGAUCGAUGUAAAUUCUUUAAAUGGCUUGAGGACGUGACUCCAGGAUAUUCAACACAGGAAGGAGCUCGACCUGGCAUGGUUUUAAGUGAUAUUAAGAGUAUUGGCUUGUAUUUAAGAAGUCAAAAGAUACCACUUUAUGAGGAAUGCCAGCUUUUGGUGAGAAAAGGAUUUGAUUUUCAGAGAAAACAGUAUGGCAAACUAAAGAAGUUUACUACUGUAAAUCCUGAGUUUUAUAAUGAACCAAAAACCAAACUUUAUCUUAAGCUAAGUCGGAAGGAAAGUUCUUCAGCUUAUAGCAAAAAUGAUCUUUGGGUGGUUUCAAAAACCCUAGACUUUGAGCUGGAUACUUUUAUUGCAUGUAGUGCUUUCUUUGGACCAUCAUCUAUUAAUGAGAUAGAAAUACUGCCUUUGAAAGGCUAUUUCCCUUCUAAUUGGCCCACUAACAUGGUUGUCCAUGCGUUAUUGGUUUGUAAUGCUAGCACAGAACUGACUACUUUGAAAAACAUUCAGGACUACUUUAAUCCAGCUACUCUACCUCUAACACAGUACCUGUUAACAACGUCUUCGCCAACUAUAGUUAGUAACAAAAGAGUCAGUAAGAGAAAAUUUAUCCCACCAGCCUUCACAAAUGUCAGUACAAAAUUUGAACUACUCAGCCUAGGAGCAACAUUGAAGUUAGCUAGUGAGUUGAUUCAGGUACACAAGUUAAACAAGGAUCAAGCUACAGCUCUAAUUCAAAUAGCUCAAAUGAUGGCAUCACAUGAAAGCAUUGAAGAAGUGAAGGAACUGCAAACUCAUACCCUCCCUAUCACAAUCAUACAUGGUGUGUUUGGAGCAGGAAAGAGUUAUUUGCUGGCAGUGGUGAUUUUGUUCUUUGUACAGCUGUUUGAAAAGAGUGAAGCUCCCACCAUUGGAAAUGCAAGGCCGUGGAAACUUCUGAUUUCUUCUUCUACUAAUGUGGCUGUUGACAGAGUACUUCUUGGGCUUCUCAGUCUUGGAUUUGAAAACUUUAUCAGAGUUGGGAGUGUUAGGAAGAUUGCCAAACCAAUUUUACCUUAUAGCUUGCAUGCUGGCUCAGAAAAUGAAAGUGAACAGUUAAAAGAACUACAUGCACUAAUGAAAGAAGACCUGACUCCUACGGAAAGAGUCUAUGUGAGAAAAAGCAUUGAGCAGCAUAAACUGGGGACCAAUAGAACCCUGCUGAAGCAGGUUCGAGUAGUUGGAGCUACCUGUGCAGCCUGCCCAUUCCCAUGCAUGAAUGAUCUUAAAUUUCCUGUAGUUGUGCUGGAUGAGUGUAGUCAGAUAAGUGAACCGGCCUCUCUCCUUCCCAUUGCAAGGUUUGAGUGUGAAAAGCUGAUUCUUGUUGGGGAUCCCAAACAGCUACCUCCUACUAUUCAGGGUUCUGAUGCAGCUCAUGAAAAUGGAUUGGAACAAACUCUUUUUGAUCGACUUUGCUUAAUGGGUCACAAGCCAAUUCUAUUGAGAACUCAAUACCGUUGUCAUCCUGCAAUCAGUGCUAUUGCUAAUGAUCUGUUUUACAAAGGAGCCCUCAUGAAUGGUGUAACAGAAAUAGAGAGGAGCCCUUUAUUGGAAUGGCUACCAACCCUGUGUUUUUAUAAUGUUAAAGGACUAGAACAGAUAGAAAGAGAUAACAGCUUUCAUAAUGUGGCAGAAGCUACGUUUACACUCAAGCUGAUUCAAUCACUGAUUGCAAGUGGAAUAGCAGGCUCUAUGAUUGGCGUGAUAACAUUAUACAAAUCCCAGAUGUACAAGCUUUGUCAUUUACUCAGUGCUGUGGACUUUCACCAUCCUGAUAUUAAAACUGUGCAGGUGUCCACAGUAGAUGCUUUUCAGGGAGCUGAAAAGGAGAUCAUUAUUCUGUCCUGUGUAAGGACAAGACAAGUAGGAUUCAUUGAUUCAGAAAAAAGAAUGAAUGUUGCAUUGACUAGAGGAAAGAGGCAUUUGUUGAUUGUGGGAAAUUUAGCCUGUUUGAGGAAAAAUCGACUUUGGGGACGAGUGAUCCAACACUGUGAAGGAAGGGAAGAUGGAUUGCAACAUGCAAACCAGUAUGAACCACAGCUGAACCAUCUCCUUAAAGAUUAUUUUGAAAAACAAGUGGAAGAAAAACAGAAGAAAAAGAGUGAAAAAGAGAAAUCUAAAGAUAAAUCUCAUUCAUAAAAAGACAUGGUGUAAAUAUUUUGUAUUUAUGUAAAUUCAGACUCAUUUUACAUGAUAUAUUUUUUAUAUUUUUAUUACUCUAAACCCUCUUAUUAAAAAUAUGAUAUUUAAAUAA